AGAAAGAGGUUAUUUCCUUCACAGUUCACACAUUAAAAGAAGAAAGAAAAAGAAAAAAGAAAAGCGCGUUGCACAAGUUGGUGCGCCGUGUUGCCUUUCUUCUUCGUCUCGUCUCUCUUCUCUCCUGUUUUUAUAAACGCGGAAUUUCUAUGAGAGACUUUCCACUACCAAUAAACCACACAAAACCUCGUCAAAACAAAUUCCCAACCUACAAUUAAACCAUACAGGAUUCUCAAUCACACAAUUCAACCUGCCCCACUCCUUGUGGAUUUUCUCACUCUCCAAACGCAUUGGAUGAUGUUGCGAUCCUGCUGUUUACGCUGUUUUGGGCGCAGGAAUGCCGACGGCUUGCUCUGGCACACUGAAUUGAAGCCCCACGCCUCCGGAGAAUUCUCGAUCGCGGUCGUCCAGGCCAAUUCCAACCUAGAGGAUCAGAGCCAGGUCUACACCUCGCCCUCCGCCACCUACGUCGGAGUUUACGACGGCCACGGCGGACCCGAGGCCUCCCGCUUUGUCAACCAUCACCUCUUCCUUCAUCUCCACAAAUUUUCCAAGGAGCAAGGGGGGUUGUCGACGGAUGUAAUAAAGAAGGCUUUUAAUGCCACUGAAGAGGAUUUUACUCGUUUGGUGAAGCGAUCAUUGCCAAUCAAACCACAGAUUGCUUCGGUUGGAUCAUGCUGCUUGGUUGGUGCAAUUUCAGACGGCGAAUUGUAUGUGGCGAAUUUGGGAGAUUCAAGAGCUGUUCUUGGUCGCAGAGGUUUUGAUGGAGAGAAGAAGUUAGUGGCAGAGAGGUUAUCCACAGAUCAUAAUGUUUCGUCCGAAGAUGUUAGGAGGGAGGUUGAAGCGCUUCAUCCUGAUGAUUCACCUGUUGUAGUUUAUUGUCGGGGAGUUUGGAGAAUCAAGGGCAUAAUUCAGGUAUCUAGAUCAAUUGGUGAUGUCUAUUUGAAGAAACCUGAGUUUCACAGAGACCCGAUUUUCCAACAAUACGGGAAUUAUGUUCCCAUGAAGCGACCUCUUAUGUCAGCUGAACCUUCCAUUGUAACUAGAAAGCUGAGACCACAAGAUAUGUUCAUAAUUUUUGCCUCUGAUGGUCUGUGGGAGCAACUCAGCGAUGAUGAAGCGGUUCAAAUAGUUUCAAAGUACCCAAGAGCUGGAAUAGCCAAGAGAUUAGUUGCAGCUGCCAUUCAGGAAGCCGCAAAGAAGAGAGAAGUGAGGUACAAAGAUAUAAAGAAGAUCGAGAAGGGAAUCAGGAGGCAUUUCCAUGAUGACAUUACUGUAAUUGUGAUUUAUCUUGAUCACCAAACAACCUUCUCUAUUCCCAAGCAUAAGCAAGGUACAAUUGGCUCUACAACUCCACCUAUUGAUAUCUAUUCCCAUAAUUCGGAUGAUGCGAUGGAAAGUUCUGGGGACAAGAUUUUUCCCAAUGAAGAGUCGCGAGCAAAGGUGUUAUACUGAAUUACUCCGAUAGAAGGAAAAAACAGUUUAUCUUGUAUACAGGUUUGGUGUAGAUAAAUUAGAGUACAAAAGGAUGCCAGCUAAUUUUGAAACAUAGGCUCUAACAUCAUAUACACAUUCUUUUCUUUCUUUGUUUUUUGGUCUGAAAUCAGUUAUGGUCAUCGUUUUUGCUAUCAGUCAUACUGAUAGUUUGAAUUCAA